UUAAAAAGUAAUUUUAACAUGUUUAACUGGAAAAGCCAUGUGUCUGAAAAUAUGACUCGCUCGUGCAGAUUUUAUUCGAUGCGGGUAAUAAAUGUGUCGGUUGUGAGAUUGAUUUUAUUUUGUUUGGUACAAUGUGGGAGUGUUUCGCGCGGAUUAGCACGUGAAGAAAAAUGUGAAAUGCGCUGUUCAAAUGUUUUUGACUAUGUGUGUGGAGUCGCUGAGGCAGAUGGCAUCCGCGUCAUACAUAAGUUCCAGAACAUUUGUCAUCUAAACAGGAUACGAUGCCGUUUGAGGAAUAUUUUGGAUAUUUCCCAAGUUCCUGACAGAAUGUGCAACAUAAAGAAAACUUACAUGAAUAGUCGCCGAGUAAAUGAUUUCAGCAUUGUCGGAGCGCAUCAGGCUUGCAACCACACUUGUCCUACAUACUGCAUAGACACUUACGAGCCUGCGUGUGCGCAGAUUUGGAAAACAAACAUGAAAUCGUACACUUACAGACCUAUGAUAAAUCAUUGUCACAUCGACUUGUUCUCCUGUGCUGUUGGAGUCAAUGUGACUAUUCAACCUUUGGGAAAGUGCUACAAAAAUCCGUCUGGACUCUUGUUCAUGUCUCAAGUGGCUGCUAUGAAAUCCCUCAGGCUGCUAGACGACACGCCAUAGACCCCCCGUAUCUACCGGCUACUGCAAAAAUACAACACCGAUAAGUUUUCUAAGACGCAGAUAUUAUCAUAAAUAGGAUAUAAAAAUGA